GUUCAUCAAGAUCUGAAACUUCAGAACAUUCUUGUGAAAAGGCCUCUCAGUGGAGAUAAGGACAUGAUUGACAUCAAGGUGUCAGACUUUGGCUUAUCAGAAAAGAUGGGUGGUACUGGGAUUGAGAAUAUGCUGUCAGGCACCCGUGGAACUCUUAUGUACAUGGCACCUGAAAAGAUGAAAGAACAGCCUUUCAGCAAGCAGUGUGAUUUGUGGAGCAUAGGAGUCAUUAUGUACAUGUUACUAUGUGGGGAGCCACCGUAUCGAUCCACUCAAAAGGAACCGCUACUUAAGGAGAUAAGUGAGCAAAAAGUCAAAUUUACUCAUUCCAUCUGGAACACAGUCAGUGAUGAAGCAAAAAAUAUUUUGACUUCCCUUCUGAAGGAAGACCCUGGGGACCGCUUAUCAGCUGGUCAGCUACUGGACAGCCCAUGGAUUACAGGUGAGAAUCGUAUGUUGGCAAUGCAGCCCAAUUCAGUGGUGAUGAUGAACCAGGAGCUCUUUUAUCUUUCUAUCUUUUGCCUCCUCUAG